CAAACUUCCCUGCUAGCUGCUCCUCUGUUAAGGCAGCAGAUCAGCAUCAUGGUAUUCCAACUGAAUGCUUUAAGACAGGAUAUGGUAAAAAAAAUACCCUGCAGCCCUCCUUCCUUGGUAGAGACAGCCCUGAAGGCUGGCUUUUGAAUGAGUAACCAUUUACACAGCACUAUCAGGCUCUGCCACAAGGGCAGGGCGAGGAUAGCCCAGAAGAAAAGCAUGGGGAAUCUGCUCCUCUGCAUUUAAAUUUACAGUCUGAAGAUUUAACCAAGGGGAUUGAGUCGCUGGCAAGGCAGGCCCGAUAUGGAACACGACAAAGUUUAAAUUGUUUAUUUUUCAUAAUAAUGUUCGUUUUGUUGUAGCUUGAAGACGAAUACCCGAAGCCGUGCAAGUCAGAUGAAAGCAUAGGCACGGGCAGUGCAUGCCAAGGCUCAGCUUCCAGGACCAUGAGAGGAUGCCAGGCCGCUCUGCUUCCAAUUACACGAGUAUUAUACCUCCUGCUCCGAAGACUGCAAGCACAGAUUUGACCGCUUUCCCGUGCCAGCCGCUUCCAGGGAGGGUAGGAGAGGAGUGCCCCAGGCUCAGCCUGGCUGGCACGGCCACAGCUGCCCAGCUGAGGAAGGACACGUCCUGGUCACCAGGGCGAUGGGCGAUGACUGACAAAAGGAGAGAGGUCUGCCACCGAAUUUCAGCUGGUGAAGAAGAGAGAGCAAACACUAGCUGCGCUCGGUUUUGUGUCCCCUGUCAGCAGCAGUCAAUAGAAAUGGUUGAAACGUGAGUCUGAAGGGCAGUGUCGUGCAUGUUGGACAAUGCUGAACUCUGCAGAAGCCAUGGUUUCCUUGGGGGAGCAGCCACUGAAGCAAAGCCGUGCAAUGCUGGUGUGCUUCGCUGGCUGAGUAGUUAGAGGACACUGGGAAACUCUCCACAUAAAGUUUUGUUUGAGGAGCACGGGCUGAAAUAUUUUCUCACUCCAGGGCUGUCGUGGCAUCAGACCUGCCAGAGGAUUUCUAGCUUCUGUAGGACUUGCAAGUAUGAGGUGACCACUUGGAUCCCAGAGAACAUGGUCAGCACACGAGGAGACUGAAACACAGCAGGCAGUACACAAGGAAAAUGUUCAGUCAAACAAAAUACAAACCAAGAAAUACACACACCUGGCGAGUGUGGGCCAUCUACAUGGUCUUAGCUGCAGACCUCUCCGAAGAGCAAGCGCUGAAGCAGGCUUGUCCUUCAUGCGAUGCCACCCAGCUUUGCAACUGCUCUUCCAGGGGUUUGGACUUCAUUCCCUCAGGGCUCACGGGCAAAAUCACAGUGUUAAACCUGGCCCACAACAGGAUCAAGCACAUCCGAUCCCAGGAUCUGCAGCAGACUGUGAACCUGCGGAUGCUGCUGCUGCAGUCCAAUGCAAUCAGCUCAAUAGACGAGGACUCGUUUCGUGCCCUUGGGAAACUGGAGCUCCUGGACUUAUCAAAUAACAGCUUGGCUCGCCUGUCCCCUGCGUGGUUUGGGUGGCUUUUUUCUCUCCAGCACCUCCACCUUCAAGGGAACUCCUACAGGGACCUGGGGGAAAGCUCCCCCUUUUCUAGCCUGAGGAACUUGAGCUCUCUCUACCUGGGCAACCUGUGGUUCUCCACAAUAAGGCAAGGCAACUUUGAGGGCAUCGAGCUUCUUGACGAGUUGUGGAUUGAUGGUGGCAAUCUCAGGCAGUACGAGCCGGGAAGUUUGAAAGCGAUUCAGAAGAUAAAUCACAUGAUCAUAAACGUAAGGAACACUAGUGUUUUCUCAGCAAUUGUCAGCGACCUUCUGCACUCUGUCGCUUGGUUAGAAGUGAGAAACAUAGCAGUCAGGGAACCUGCUGAAGCGCAACGAUUGAAAGUCAUGUCGUCGUCUUUUGCAAAGAAAAUGUCUUUUAAACAAGCCUUAUUAACAGACACUACUGUGCCUGAGGUUGUCAGCAUUUUAGAAGACAUGCCAAAAUUAGUGGAGGUGGAGCUGAUAGACUGUAGACUCUUGGGAACUGGACAAUGGGGAAGAGUCCAAGCAAACCAAUCACAGACUCUUAACUGUAGACUCUUGGGAACUGGACAAUGGGGAGGACAAGUCCAAGCAAACCAAUCACAGACUCUUAGAGUUCUGACAAUAGAGAAAUUAUCUAUAGAAGAAUUUUAUUUGUUUACUGAUCUGAAGGCAGUAGAAGAUCUACUGUCUAUCUUUACUAAAAUCACAGUUGUAAACACGAAGGUCUUUUUGGUACCUUGCAGCCUUUCGAGACAUCUUCGGUCAUUAGAGUAUCUUGACCUUAAUGCGAAUUUGCUUGGAGACAAGAGUUUGGAGCAUUCAGCCUGCCGGGGUGGUUGGCCCUCACUUCAAAUUCUAAAUUUAAGUCAGAACUCACUGAGUAACUUAAAAAUGACAGGUAAAAGUUUGUCUCAUCUAAGAAAAUUGACUCACUUAGACAUUAGCCAAAAUAAUUUUGGUGAGAUUCCAGAUGUGUGUGAAUGGCCGAAAAACCUGAAAUACUUAAACCUCUCCAGCACUCAAAUUUCUAAAGUAACGACUUGCGUUCCCCCAACGCUGGAAGUUUUGGACGUUAGUGCUAACAAGCUGCAGGAGUUUGGACUGCAACUCCCUUUUCUCAAAGAGCUGUACCUUGCAAAAAACCAGCUGAAGACCUUGCCUGGUGCUGCACCCAUUCCUAACCUCAUGGCCAUGUCAGUCAGGAGAAACAAGCUCAGCAGCUUCUCCAGGGAAGAGUUUGAGUCCUUCAAGAAAAUGGAGCUGCUGGAUGCCAGCGACAACAACUUCAUCUGCUCCUGCGAAUUCCUCUCCUUCAUCCAGCACCAGGCCGAGAUAGCCCAGGUGCUGGUGGGGUGGCCGCACCAAUACAUCUGUGACUCUCCCCUGGCAGUGAGAGGGGCGCAGGUUGGAGGCGUGCACCUCUCCCUGAUGGAGUGCCACAGGUCCCUGGUGGUGUCGAUGAUCUGCGUCCUGGUGUUCCUGGUCAUCCUUGUCCUCGUGGCCGUUGGCUACAAGUACCACGCGGUCUGGUACCUGCGAAUGACCUGGGCAUGGCUCCAGGCCAAGCGGAAGCCCAAGCGAGCCCCUCCAAAGGACAUCUGCUACGACGCUUUUGUCUCCUACAGCGAGAACGACUCCGAGUGGGUGGAAAACAUCAUGGUGCGGGAGCUGGAGCAGGCCUGCCCCCCCUUUCGGCUCUGCCUCCACAAGCGGGACUUUGUGCCGGGGAAGUGGAUCGUGGACAACAUCAUUGACUCCAUCGAGAAGAGCCACAAGACGCUCUUUGUGCUGUCUGAGCACUUUGUGCAGAGCGAGUGGUGCAAGUACGAGCUGGACUUCUCGCACUUCCGCCUCUUUGACGAGAACAACGAUGCGGCCAUUCUGGUCCUCCUGGAGCCCAUCCAGAGCCAAGCCAUUCCCAAGAGGUUCUGCAAGCUGCGGAAGAUCAUGAACACAAAGACCUACCUGGAGUGGCCUCCUGAAGAAGAGCAGCAGGAGAGGUUUUGGGAAAACCUAAAAGUAGCCUUGAAGUCAUAGAACAAGUUGUCAGCCCCCGUUUCAGUAUAUAUCCACGCAGGACAGAUGUCAGUGUUUCUUCCAGCUAAGAAAUUUUUCUUUUUUAUUUUUCUCUCCAAGGAGAAUCUGCUUUGUUGUGUAUAGAAAUAAUCAUCAUCUUACUAAAUGACAGAGACCCACUUUAGGCUUUCCAGUUAUUUGAUACUGUAAUCUUUCAAAAUCCCCAACAGUAACUAUAAUAUUUGGAAGUCAUGUUGGAAUUCAUACACUUUUAGCUGAAUUUAGGUUACUUCUGUAUUUUUUUCUCCUGUUACCAUAUUCCCAACUAGCUCCUAACAGUACCAUUGUAGUUUAGAAAUGAAAAUAAAAGCCAAGUGUGUCAAUA